GGUUAGAGCGUGGAACGCGCGCGCGCGCGCAGAAGGGGGCCGACCGAAAGAAUGUUUCCACUUCGGAUCCGACUGAGCCGAUCGCCGCCGCUGCCGCUGCCGCUGAUCCGACCGAGAACCAGUCUUCAGUAUACGCACGCACACUCGUCCGUUCCGUUUAGCGUUACGUGCGUAGUACCGACCGCGUGCGCGUGUACACACCGCCCGUCGUCGUAGCGAUUUAUCCGCCGUGUGUGCGCGUCCGCGUUUUACACCGCUUACACAUAUCCGGCUGGACGCGUGCGUUAUCCGUCCAGACGAUAUUUAUUUAUACGAAUGUUAUUUUCCCGUCUCUCUUGAAAUCGUUUUCAAAUCCGUAUCGAUCGCGCGUGAACGUAAAUAUUUCGCGCCAGCCAAACUCGACGAUCCCUAGCCCUCGUGCAUGUGUGUUGUAGUGUUUACGCGUUUCGCAUCGUAUUUUCCGAACCGUAGGGAUCGUCAUCGUCGUCGUGGUCGUAGUCGCGCGCGCCGUCGCCGUCCAUGGAUUACGGUAGUGCAGUGAGUGUUGUUCCGGUGCGCGGUGCGUAAGAGACGCGUGUGUGAUGACCGGGUGAUACCCGUCCAGUGAGCAGCGGUCACCCCGCGCACCAUGUUAUGGCGCGCCGUAGCGAUAUGCGCGGCAUUGGCGUUCGCCGUGGCAGCCGGUACCGGCGGCGAGGCGGACAGCAACGCACGGGUGCAGCUGGAAGUGUUGGAAGGUCAGCCUCGCGGCACUGCCGUCGGACGGAUACCCGUGAAGCCGGGCUUCGUCUACAGGUUCAACGAGCCGUCCGACGAGUUCGCGUUGAACGCGACCACGGGCGAGAUAACCACCACGCAGAUAUUGGACAGGGAGUCGUUGUCCAACGACCGGUACGAUCUGAUCGUGCUGUCCAGUCAACCCACCUAUCCGAUCGAGGUGCGUAUACUGGUGGUGGACGUUAACGACAACGCGCCCGAGUUCCCGGAACCGGUCAUAUCGGUGUCUUUUCCGGAGAGCGCGGCACCCGACAACAAAGUGCUAUUGGACACGGCAACGGACAGGGACGCGGGCGUCAACGGCGUGUCGUCCGAUUAUCGGAUCGUGGCCGGCAACGUGGACGACAAGUUCCGACUGGAAGUGACGUCCAACCCGGGUGGCGAUCUGACGUACUUGUACCUGCGGACCACCGGUAAACUCGACCGGGAGACCGUGCCGUUCUACCAGCUCAACGUGUCGGUUCGGGACGGCGGUGUGCCCACCAGAUACGGUUACCAGACGGUGAACGUGACCAUACUGGACGUGAACGACAAUCCACCGGUGUUCGCGCACACCGAUUACAGCGCGUGGCUGAACGAGAGCGCGCCGCCGGGCACGUUCACGCUCCAGGUGACGGCCACGGACGCCGAUCUGGGCGAGAACGGUCGGAUCGUGUACUAUUUACCGGAAACGGCCGAGACCCGAUUUCGCGUGGACCCGGACACCGGUGUCAUAUACACCACGGAGACGCCCGAUUGUCCGCAACAGAACUGUCCGCACGCGCAACAGCCGAGGACGUCCUGCCCGAAAAGUUGCGUUUUCACGGUGCACGCACGUGAUCACGGUUCGCCCCGGCAGGACGGACGGGCGUACGUGACCGUUAGUCUGAUCGACGCCAACGAUCACGAUCCGAUCAUCAAAUUCCGCUACUUCCCUUCGAACGCGGCGUACGCGACCGUGGACGAGAACGCAAUCAACGGUACCGUGGUGGCCGCCGUGUCCGUGAUGGACCCGGACGAGGGGCUGAACGGCGAGACGACCGUGGAGAUCAUCACGGGAAACGAAAUGAAUCAUUUUCGACUGGAAUCGUCGCAGAGCUUUUACAUCGUUCGGGUGCACGACGUCUUGGACAGGGAGCAGAUCAACAAGUAUAAUCUGACCGUGUUAGCCAGUGACAAAGGGACCCCCGCCAGGACCACCGUGGCGUAUCUGUUGAUAUACGUUAACGACAUUAACGACCAUGAACCGGUAUUCGAGAAGAGCGAGUACUCGUCCACGCUAAGUGAACUGUCACCAUUGGGCACGUACGUAGCCAGCAUUACGGCCACCGACGAGGAUACCGGUAUCAAUGCGCAGAUUUACUACUCCAUCGUGUCGGGUAACGAUUUCGGUUGGUUUGACAUCGAUCCGGACACCGGGCUGGUCACGCUCAAAGGGCGUUUGGACCGAGAACAAAUGGGCUCGGCCGAAAUUAAAAUUUCCGCUCGUGACGGCGGUCCUAAUCCUAAAUGGGCGUACACGCAGUUGAAAGUCAUCGUUUUGGACGAAAAUGACGAACGCCCGGAGUUCGCGCAGGAAUUGAUUAUUGUUAAAAUGUUGGAAAACGUGCCGGAGAAUACAUUAGUGGCCAUGCUGACCGCUUCGGAUCACGAUCAAGGUACUAAUGGUAGCGUAUCGUAUAGUUUACAUCCCGAAGUCCAGUACAAGUACAAAGGUGCGUUCGCACUCGAUUCUUUGACCGGACAACUAACUGUUAAAACACAGCUCGACCGGGAAAAAGUAUCGGAGUACAAGAUUAAAGUAUUGGCUAAAGAUCAAGGAUUCCCGCCCAAAUCGUCUACGGCUACCGUCAUACUCGACGUACUAGACGUAAACGAUAAUGACCCCGUUUUCUAUCCACAACAGUAUAUCGCGUUUAUUGGGAACAAUCAGCUGACGGACACCAGUCUUCUUACGGUUUCAGCGUAUGACAUCGACGAAGGAGAAAAUUCGGUGGUUGAAUAUCGAUUAUCAAAUGGCGGCGAUUCUGGCCUUUUUUACAUAGACGCCCGUGAAGGAUCAAUAUAUUUAAAGAGCAGUGGAGAUCUUCCGAAAUCCAUAUACCACCUAAACGUAACAGCUGUGGAUAGGGACGGUCGGCGAGCUGCUGAAGACGCGACCGUAGUAAUAAUAAAAAAUCCCGACGAAUCGCUUAAAUUCGAUACGGUUGAAGGGUAUUCGUUUCAGAUUUACGAAGAUCAUAUAGGUCAAGAAGACCCGGUUUCCAAUCGACAAGUGGGCAGAAUACGAGUCAAGGAAACUAAAGUCGAUGUAACGUAUUUCAUAAUGAACGGUGAUAAUGGAAAUUUUAGAGUGGAUCGAAACGGAGUGUUAAUGACAUGGAGGAAGAUCGAUCGGGAAAAUCAAUCGUUUUACAGUAUACAAGUUGGUGCGAUAGCGGGCGUGAAGUUUGGCACUACUCUGGUGAACGUUACGAUUUUGGAUGUCAACGACAACGAACCCUCGUUUGUCACCGUAAUUGAGGAAGUUGAUCUUUACGAAGAUACGGCCGUUGGCCAAGAACUGUGCGUAGCCAGGGCUAAGGACAAGGAUGUCGGGUUGAACGGCCGGGUAACUUACCGAUUAGUAUCCAAACCCGACGGUUUGUUUCGUAUUACCGAGUCGUCCGGUAUCGUGUACCUACAUAAGCCGGUAUAUACAGCCCCGGGCACCGUACUAGCCGCCGAAAUCGUGGCCACAGACUCGGGUACCCCCCCACUUAGUGCUAAGCAUGUUGUUCUGUUCACCGUUCAAGAUGUAAACGACCAUACACCUGUAUUCGAUCAAACCUCGUACGAAUCCUCGCUUUCCGAAGCCACCGCUGUAAACAGUAGAUUCUUCGGGCUUACAGCUACCGAUAAAGAUUAUGGGCCUAACGCCCGAUUAUCUUACGCAAUUGAAGAAGGCGACGCAGAAGGAGAUUUUGGAAUUUUUCCCGACGGAAUGUUGUACAUCAAACACCGUCUGGACAGAGAGAGUAGAGAUUAUUACGCGCUUUCCGUGGUUGUCAGGGACGCGGGCACACCGGCUCGUAGUUCAUCGGUGGUGGCUAUUGUGCACGUGACUGACGAGAACGACAACAAACCGGAAUUCGCAAAUGUCACGUUCGAUUUUCACAUCAACGAAAAUGAACCGGGCGGCACGUUCGUCGGCAAACUAUCAGCAUCCGAUCGGGACACGGGUCGAAACGCCGAACUAACGUACUCCUUGAUAAAUUGUAAAACGGAUUUCUUAAUCGAUCCGAAAAAUGGAUUUAUCAGGACGCAACGAGAAUUCGACAGGGAACAGUUGAUCCGGGCCACGGAACAGAAUGUUAUCACGUUGGAGGCUACAGUAUCGGACAACGGCCAGCAUUCGCUGUACGACAAGGCCAAGGUGAACGUGUUCGUCAACGAUGUGAAUGACAACCGGCCACGAUUUUUCCGACAACCGUAUCGGGUGCAAGUGUCGGAAGGGUCGCCGGUGGGUACACACGUGCUACGAGUGUAUACCACUGACGAAGACGAUGGACAAAAUGGUGCCGUGCACUACGUCAUGGAGGAUGGAGAUGACGGCAAGUUUAAAAUUGAUAACGCGACCGGUAUGAUUACGAUCAACGCGUUUUUGGACAGGGAGACACGCGCGUCGUACGUGUUGCGCGUCAUCGCGUACGACAACGGCGCACCGGUGCGGCUCAACGCUUCGGCCGCGGUAUCCGUGGAAGUGUUGGACGACAACGACAAUCCGCCCAAGUUCGAAUCUCCUCCGUCGGGCAUAUCGAUUUUCGAGAACGCAACCGUCAACACGGAGCUGAUCCGUUUCCGGGCCACGGAUCCAGAUUUGGGCGCGAACAGUGAAGUGAGAUACUCCAUAGUGUCCGGGAACCGACGAGACACGUUCCACAUGGACGUCGUGACCGGUGUGUUGUACCUGCACAAACGGCUCGACUUCGAGGACAUAAGUGCGUACGUGUUGAACAUUUCCGCGUACGACAACGGCAAUCCUAGGCUGUCUUCGGCGCUGUCGUUCCACGUGACCGUUCUGGACUGUAACGACAACCCACCACAAUUCCCCAGCACGGCCAUUGUGCGGCAAAUCGUCGAAAACCUCGAACCGGGCACGUCCAUUGUGCACGUGGUCGCCGACGACCCGGAUUCCGACCUGAACGGCCUGGUGCACUAUUCCAUUACCCGGCAACAGCCGGACAACGACAGACGACGUUUCCAGAUAAAUGAGAAAACUGGCGUGAUCAGUACGGUGCUGCCCAUUGACCGGGAACAGGUAGACACGUACAGACUGACUGUGACGGCCGUUGACCAGGCCGUGCCACCGGAAACCCGGUUGUCGGCCGAGAAGACGGUGACCAUCAUAGUGGACGACGAGAACGACAACGCUCCAGUGUUCGUGUCCGUGGACACCGGGCUCGUACGGUCCCGGCAGGCCGGCGCGUUCAUCAUGUUCGCUACGGCCAGGGACUUGGACACUAGUACGAACGGUCUGGUCACGUACGAGAUGGUGGGCGGCGACUCGGAACUGUUUUCCAUACACCGGACGACCGGGGCCAUCAGCUUGCGGCGUGAGCUCACCCGUCCCGAACGGUUGUACAGGUUGACGGUGCGUGCCACGGACGAGGCGGUGCAGUCGGAACGCAAGUCCACCGACGCGUACAUCACCCUGCUGACGGACACCGGGGACAACAGCGGCGGACACAAGCUGACCGGUCUGAAAGAGUUCUACGAGGGGUCCGUAUACGAAAACGAGCCUUUGGGCACUAGCGUGCUCAGGAUGGACCCGUUGCCCGGGCAAAUCGAAUAUUACGUGGUGAACGUGACCGGGCUCGACGGAAAGCAAGCGGAUCGGAUGUUUUCCGUGGACGUUAAACUGGGCGUGCUUUACACGGCCGCAGUGCUGGACAGGGAGGGUGGCGCCGACCAGUACGUCGUGCACGUUUAUGCUACUAACAUCGGAUCGCAGACACCGAAAACCGGUCACAUUCAGGCGAAAGUGAAGAUUUUGGACAAAAACGACAACCGUCCCAUGUGGCCGAGCACUCCGAUCGAGUAUAAAAUUUCAGAGGAAAUACCGAUCGGCUCUCUGGUAACCACGCUGAGAGCCACCGACCCCGACUUGGACUCGACGCUUACGUACACGAUCAUCGGCGAUGACAAUAGUUCACCAUUGACGUUGGACGCAAUCACGGGCAAUGUCCGCGUGCGCAAGCCCAUAGAUAGAGAAACCAGUCCCAAACACGUACUGCCGGUUCGGGUAUCCGACGGUAUUCACCAUAGCGAUACGUCCGUAGUGUUCAUCAUUCUCGACACCAACGACAACGCACCUGUGUUCACGAAGGGUAUUUAUUCUUUGGACGUGAGCGAGGCUACCACUAGGGGCACGAAAAUCGGUGACAUCUUGGCCAUAGACGAGGAUGAAGGCGUGAACGGUGUGGUCACGUACUCGAUGAUAAGUGACUGGGCCAACGACGUGUUCAACAUCGAUCCUCAUACGGGAGCUUUUUCCCUGACCGGAAAACUGGAUUACGAGGAGGUGCAGCAUUACAUCAUGACCGUUCAGGCCCAGGAUGCGGGAAAGCCAAUGUUGUCCUCGACGGUGACGGUGUAUAUAAACGUUAUCGACGAAAACGACAACGCACCCGUGUUUGAGACAAACAGUUACAACGUGGACGUGUAUGAAAACGCUACUGUCAACACGGUUGUGGCGACGGUGGUGGCGACGGAUCGUGAUUCAGGACUCAACGGGAAAAUAAGGUACUCAGUUCAAUCUUUAGAUCAAGAAAAUAAUGAUUUCACUAUUGAUCCGGACAAUGGAACUAUUUGGCCACAUCGCAAUUUGGACCGUGAAACCAUAGCUUCAUAUAAUCUCGUAAUAUUAGCCAAGGACGGGGGACGGCCGGCAGCGACUGAACUCUCGUCCACAGUGCAGGUGACAAUUACAAUUAAGGACGUCAAUGACUGUGCGCCUCGCUGGAUUACGCCAAACACAACCUCAGUAAUGGAAAACGUAGAAAUUGGAACUAUAGUUACAAUUUUAAAAGCUGUUGAUGAUGAUGAGGAUAAAAAUGGAUUUGUUGAGUACUGGAUAAACUCUGGUGAUGAAAAAAAAUUUACAGUUGGAUCUGUUGAUGGAGUGCUUAGAGUUUCAAAUUCCUUAGACCGAGAAACUAAAUCUUUGUAUCAACUUGAAAUAGGCGCUAAAGACCGAGGUGAUCCUUCUCUAAGUUCGAUUCAGAAACUUACAAUUAAUAUUUUGGAUGAGAAUGAUAAUAGCCCAAUAUUCGAACCGAGACAUUACACUUCAUCUGUACUUGAGAAUGUAACCAUUGGGUAUACAGUUGUCCAAUUAUUUGCAACUGAUAAAGAUGCAGGCCCAAAUGCCGCGAUAAGGUAUACUAUUACAAACGGAGACGAUAAUUUGGAUUUUAGUAUAGCUGAUGACACUGGUUUAAUACGAGUAGCAAAGUAUCUUAACUAUGAACGUAAAUCUCGUUACGUAUUAACCAUUAAAGCCGAGGAUAGUCCUGUUGGUGUCGACAAUCGUGUUAAUUCGGAUGAAGUUACAGUUAUAAUUACUAUUUUAGACAUUAACGAUAACUAUCCAGUUUUCCCAGACUCACCUUAUAUCAUUCAUGUUCUCGAAGAAUAUAUCCCCGAAUCCAAAGAAUUUCCAAUGACUAUAGUGAAAGCAACAGACGCUGAUUCAGGAUAUAAUGGUAGAGUGAGAUAUUAUUUAAAAGAUACGGACUAUUUUACCAUAGAUAGUGUUUCUGGAAAAAUAUAUCUCGUAAGAAGUUUGGAUAGAGAAGUACAAUCUGAACACUUGAUCACUGUAGUCGCUAUGGACUCUGGCACGCCUUCAUUGAGUGGCACUGGAUUUAUAAGUGUAAUAGCACAAGACGUUAAUGAUCACAGCCCACAAUUCCAACAAAAAAAUUAUGUUGUAUACAUUGAUGAAAACAGUCCAAUCGAUUAUUCCAUAACUCAAUUGACAGCCACAGAUUCUGAUAUUGGUUUAAAUGCUAAAAUUAAGUACAGCCUCUUGGGAAAUAAACAAGAUAAGUUUCAAAUGGACGAAGAUACUGGAAUACUUAGAACAUCAUCUAACAUAGAUCGAGAAGAAAACGAAGUGUAUUAUUUAACAGUUGUAGCACAAGAUUCAAGUUUAACAGAACCUAAAGCAUCGGUAACAAACUUGACGGUGUUUGUUAGAGAUAUUAAUGACAACUAUCCAAUAUUUUCUACUUUGCAAAGCAUCAUAUAUGUAUCGGAUAAAACUCAAGCAGGACAUUUUAUAUAUGGAGUAACUGCUAUAGAUUUAGAUUCUGGAGAUAAUGGAAAAGUUAUUUAUAAUUUAAUAUCAGGCGAUAUAGAUAUGUUCCAUAUUGAUAAAAAUACUGGUGUAAUUGAAUCAAUUCAAAAAUUGAACAAACAAAUGGAAUACAAAAUAAAAAUCGAAGCUAGUGAUAAAGGACAAAUACCUAAAGUUGCAGAAUUUGAGCUGACUGUGAUCCUUUGGCCUGAUCAUGAUUUCCCAGUGAUACGACAUAUUAUGACACAGCAGUUGUCAAUUGUUGAAAAUUCAAGUCCUGGAAGUGGGGUUUCACGAGUUUUGGCAACAUCUCCAAAAACGGGACCUAAAGGACUACUGCGUUUUUCUAUUGCAGGAGGUGAUUUUGACAAUACGUUUGAAGUAGAUUCAGUUAGUGGUGAAGUAGUUAUCGGUAAAAAUGGAAUUGAUCAUGAAAAAUCUAGUCAAUACAAAAUUUGGAUUGAAGCUUCAGAUUCAGAUGAACCAAAGCUUAGAAGUGCUGUACUAUUAACCGUUAAUGUCACUGAUGUAAAUGACAAUCCACCUGUUUUUGAGUAUCCAUUUUAUACUGUUUCCAUUCAAGAAGAAACGUUCCCUCCUACACCUGUUACAACUGUUGUAGCAAUAGAUAGUGACACGGGUAAAAACAGUAUCAUAGCGUACAGAUUAGUUGAUGAUAUCAAUGGUAUAUUCAGCAUUGAUGAUGUUUCUGGAGAAAUAAUGACAAAUACGAAAUUGGAUAGGGAGACUGAAGAUCGCUAUACAUUGAUGGUUGAAGCUGUUGAUCAAGGUUAUCCAUCACUUACUGGAACUACUAUGGUCCAUAUAACGGUUUUAGAUAUCAAUGACAAUCCACCAAGAUUUACCCGUUUAUUCAGUGUUAAUGUUACGGAAAAUACAGAAGUUGGCUCAUUUGUUAUCGGUAUUACAAGUUCAGAUUUAGAUGUAGGUAUCAACGCCAAAGCAACCUAUAGAUUCACGGAAAACCCUGGAAAUAUGUUUAAAAUCGAUCCAGAUACAGGAAAAGUUUAUAUAGCUGCACCAAUUGAUCGCGAGAUUCAAGAUGAGUAUUUACUUAACGUUGUUGCAGCUGAUGGCUCAUGGCAAGCCGAAACUCCUUUAACUAUAACAAUUCAAGACGUAAACGAUAACGCACCGGAAUUUGAAAAAUCGUGUUACAAGUUUAAUUUUCCUGAAACAAAUAAAAUCGGAGCUACUGUUGGUCGGAUUCUUGCAACCGAUAAAGAUAAACAAGGUUCAAACUCUGUUGUUUCUUAUAAUUUAAAACAACCUUCAGAUGUAUUUUUUAUAGAUCCAAUAUAUGGAGAUAUAUUUACCAAACGUGCAUUAAAAUAUAAACAUUCUACGAAGGAUACAUCACCAGAAAACGAAUACACUUUAAUAGUUCAAGCCACUGAUAAUGGUAAACCUCCUUUAUCAACUGAAUGUUUGACAAUAAUCAACGUUAUCGAUUCGAAUAAUAAUUCACCUCAAUUCAAAAAGAAGAAAUAUUUUUCACCUAUCCCUAUAAAUUUGAAAAUUUGGUCACCUUUGAUAACAGUCGAAGCCACUGACCAUGAUUCCGGUGUAAAUUCUGAAAUCGAAUAUUUUGUGUACGGAGGAAAUGCUACAGACUUAGUUCAAGUGGACCGAUACUCUGGUUUAGUUUCUUUAAAGAAAAAGUUGACCGACACAGAUUUAGGACAAAAUUACGAUUUAGUGAUCAGAGCAAUAGACCACGGAGUACCACCUAAACAGGACACUACUGAUGUGACUUUUAUUAUGACUAGUGAGAAUAAUUUUAGUCCAGAAUUUUCAUCAUUAAGUUAUCAAGUUUUUGUACCAGAAAAUGAACCCAUCGGGACUACAAUAUUAAUAGUUAAUGCUUCAGAUCAAGACGAAGGACCAAAUGGUUUAGUAAGAUACUCAUUUGAAAAUGUAUCUGACAAAUUCAAAUUGAACCCAAAAACCGGUUCAAUAACUAUUGCUAAAAUUUUGGAUUUUGAAAGUAUUAAAGAAUAUAAACUCAUUAUUGUAGCAACUGACACAGGAUUUGAACCAAAACAGUCCAAAGCUACAUUAUCUAUUAUACUAACUGAUAUUAAUGACAAUCCACCGACUUUCAAUAAAACUUUAUUUGAUGUAUUUAUUCUUGAAAACUCACCACCUGGAACAUUUGUGUCACAAAUGGUAGCAAAAGAUCUAGAUUCUCCUAAAAAUGCAAUAAUAAAUUACUCUAUCAUAGGUGGUACUGGAGAACAUUUGUUUUAUUGUAACAGCACGUCUGGUGCCAUUUAUUCAAAACAAGUAUUUGACUACGAAAAAGAAAAAUCCCAUAGUCUUGAGAUAUUAGCUAUUAACCCGGAUUCAGUACUUUCUGGGUCUACUAAAGUUAUAGUACAUAUUGAAGGAGUUAAUGAAUUUUAUCCGACUUUUAGUCAAUCCGUUUUCUACUAUGAUGUGCCGGAAUCUGCUGAAAUCGGUACUAAUGUUGGUGCAGUAAAGGCAACAGAUUUAGACGCUGGAAAUGAUGGUAAAGUUUAUUACUUCUUAGUAGGAUCUAGUAAUGAUAAAGGAUUUACUAUUGAUCACAACACCGGAUUAUUAAGAGUUUCUAGACGCCUGGAUAGAGAAACACAAAACCGAAUUAUCCUUACAGUUUUAGCGAAAAAUGCUGGUAGCAUUAGAGGAAACGACACGGAUGAAGCUCAAGUGAUAAUAUCAAUACAAGAUGGUAACGAUCCUCCAGAAUUUGAUCAAGAGUAUUAUGAGUGCUUGGUUUCUGAAGGUACUAGGCCGGGAGCAAAAAUAUUGACUGUUCAUGCUGUCGAUAAAGACGCCUGGCCACAAAAUAAUCAAUUUUCCUAUUCUGUGCUAAACAAUGUAACAAAAUUAUUUCGAAUUGAUCCACAAAAUGGAACUAUUGAAACUGUUGGACAUUUCGAUAGGGAGACUAUCAAUUACUAUGAAAUUAUAAUUGGUGCAAUUGAUACAGGAUCUCCGCCUCAGACGGGAAGUGCAACGGUUAAGGUUAUGAUAACUGAUGUUAACGAUAAUGGUCCAGUACUAGCACCUGAUUAUAGUGUCGGAUAUGUUUCUGAAAAUGAACCUAUAAAUACAAGCAUCAUGAUACUAACAGCGACUGAUGCAGAUCAACCUCCAAAUGGGGCUCCAUUUACGUAUCGAAUCGUUGGUGGACCUCAUAGAGAAUUUAUAACAUUGGACGAAUCAAGUGGUCUUCUUAGAACUGCUAGAUCAAUUGAUCGCGAACAGACACCAAACCUUAGUAUUGUGAUUUCAAUUACGGAUAACGGUUCACCUCAAAUCACUACAGAAAAUCUAUUAAAUAUUAUUAUUUUAGAUCAAAAUGACUGCCCAUCUAGUCCAAGAUCAGUGCACGUCCUUGUUUAUUCAAUAAAAAAUGAAUAUCCUAUUGGAAAAAUUGCAGACGUGAGACCCAUUGAUCCUGAUACAACGGGAGAUUAUAAAUGUAAUCUUGAACAAACUUCAAACGAUUUCUCAAUUCCUGAAGCUUGUGAUUUACACAUCAAUAGUAUUUCCAAGCCAGUUACUGUACUCCGCGUAUCAGGAAAUGAUGGCAAACAUGAUUCUGUCACUAAUAUUAUUAAAGUUGAAUACCAAACAAUUGAUAAAAACAUUAUAGAAAAUACAAUUUUUACAAGAAUUGAAAAUAUUACUGCAUCGGAUUUUAUUGAAAACCAUUAUAAAACAUUUAUGAAUAUAUUAAAUGCGACAUUUGAAGACCACAAUCCACUAUUAUACAGUAUCAAUGAAGUAGAUGGCAGUAUUGAAGUAGCAAUAGCAGUCAGAGGUCUGAAUAAAGAUUAUUUAAACGAUGCAUUACGAAGUAAAUCAAAUAAUAUAGCUCAGACAACAAGAUUAAUGAUUUUCUUUGAUUAUUCCCCUUGUCAAAAAAAUAUUUGUGAAAAUGAUGGCAAUUGUUCUACUUCUCUUGCCAUAUCAAAAGAACCACAUGUGACUAACAGUAAUGACUUCAUUUUUACUUCACCCUCCAUUUUGCAAGAAUUUGUUUGCACCUGUGCAGAAGGAUACGCUGGAAAAAAAUGUGAUAAACGUCAAGAUCCGUGUGCACCGAACCCUUGUCAGUAUGGAGGUACUUGUAGAAGACAAGGUAUUAGUUAUCAAUGUUUCUGUCCUUCGAAUAGAGAAGGUUUAGAAUGUGAGAAAGAGCGUUACGAUAAAUGCGACAACAAUCCUUGUAUGAACGGUGGUAGUUGCAAACAAACUCAAGACAAUAUUGGUUACUUCUGUUUAUGUAGACCAGGAUACCGAGGCAACGUUUGUGAGUUAUCGGCUGAUUCGUGUCGACCUAACCCAUGUUUAAAUGGAGGUUCGUGUGUAUCCUUGAAACCGGGUUACAAGUGCAAUUGCCCUAAUGGGUUACACGGAAGGCAUUGUGAAAAGUCGUCUUUCGGAUUCAAUGAGUAUUCAUUUAUGUCAUUCCCAUCGUUGGACAGUAUAACAAAUGAUAUUACACUUGUUUUCUCCACAUCCAAACCGGACUCGUUACUAUUAUACAACUAUGGAACCCAAGUUGGAGGCAGGUCAGAUUUCAUUGCAAUUGAAAUAAUUGAAGGGAAAUGUGUUUUCUCCUAUGGUGGAGCUAGAAGUUCAAUAACUUCAAUUAGUGUUGGUAAAAAAGACGGAUCUACAUUAGCUGAUGGCCAUUGGUAUAAAAUAACAGCCGUAAGAAAUGGAAAAGUCCUAUCUCUGAGUGUGGCGUCAUGUAUUGAUAAUGGAGACAAUUGCCAAGAAUGUAGACCAUCGGAUAAGUCAUGUUAUAGCGAUAACACGGGAACCGUUGGGACUUUGAACUUCAAUGGAAAUAAUUUAUUGAUUGGUGGAGUGAUUUCCGCAGACCCUCUUUUGGAGAGACCCGGACAAUUACACUCAGAUGAUUUUGUUGGUUGUGUGCAUAGUAUUAUUAUCAAUGGUAAUGCAUUGAACCUCAGUAGCCCAAUAUCUUCAAAAGCGGUAGACCCAUUUUGCAAUCGCCAAGGUCAAUGCACUCAAUCAUCAACAUUAUGUGGUGAAGGAUCGUCCUGUUUAGAUCGAUGGACCAGUGUGAUGUGCAGGUGUGAAGAGAAUGAUGUAUUGUCUCCAAAUUGUUUCCAAGCGUUCAAAUCGAUCUCGCUGGGCGAAGGUGCAUUUCUAGAGUACAAAAUUACAGAAAAACAUAGACGAAUGCACUUAUUAGAAUCUAUUUAUAACGGAACAACGGUUUGGCGACAACAGUCUAGAACUAAAAGAAGUUCACUUAUUGCAACUCCUAUUAAAGAACUAAGUCUUAUGUUUAGAACAAUGAAAUCAAAUGCAACUAUACUUCUGGCAGCUUCAAAUUCUGAUUUUACGCUAGUUAAACUUACCAGUGGUAAACUAUUAUAUUCGUCGUUCCUUAGUACUUCCACGUCCACUGUUAAUAUGUCGGUCGAUAAAAAUGUAGAUGACGGAAAUUGGCAUAAUUUAACAAUGGCAAUCGGCUCCAAAAGCUUGAAAUUAUUUUUGAACGGACAAAAAGUCGGCGAAGAACUGGAUUCGGCUAGUGUACACGAUUUUUUGGACCCAUAUUUAACUAAAUUGUACUUAGGUGGUAUCGAUCGUGAUUAUUUUUCUGGAAAAAUCGAUAUUUCAAGUUUUUCAGGGUGCUUAGCUAACUUAACUAUCAACAAAGAAUUACAGCCAUUCAAUGGUACUGGAAGUAUAUUUCCAGAAGUUUUCCAUACUGGAAAUAUAUCUUUUGACUGCGAUCUGGCUGGGCUCUCCGCGGUUGGAGUGGCCGUAACGGAUCCACUCAGCCUUGGAAUCACGUUGGUUAUCGUGUUUUUCGUCAUACUAUUAAUGGCUAUCACGAUCAGUUUUGUGGUGUUCAAAAUACGAAGACAAACAAAAUGUGAUAAGGAUUCUGAUAGUGGAAAAGAUCAUUUCCAGAGCGGCCUUCAUUCUGAAUCUCCAGCUCUGAACACUAUUCCCGUAUCAUCAUUCAUGUCCGAAACAGGGGACGUAAUACGACAUCAUAUGGUGCCUCCGGAAUUACUAUCAAAACGUUACAAAGACCAAGACAUGGGCAUGAACGAUACGCACAGGCCACAUCGACCAGAUAUCAUUGAAAGGGAGGUCGUGGGAAAAUCUCCUCCACCUCAAAGAGACGAGAUCAAUCAGCACAUGAAAAAUAUGCAUCAACAUGAUAGUGUGACCGGAGAUCACGAUAUGCCUGAACACUACGACCUGGAAAAUGCUAGUUCCAUAGCACCAUCGGAUAUAGACAUUGUCUAUCACUAUAAAAGUUACCGAGAUGGAAACAAUUUACGGAAGAUGAAGUCUCAUCUUAGUCCCGGGUUGCCGUCUAACAUGUAUCACAAACAAUUGCGACACGCGACUGGUUUUCAAUCGCCACAUUCCAGAGAUAGCCGGUCAGUAGCACCACCACCCCCGCCACCUUUGGAAUCUGCCAAUCACAUGCAACACCAAAGCACGCCGCUUGCUAGGCUUAGUCCUAGCAGCGAAAUAAGUCAACAGCUGCCCAGAAUACUCACACUGAGAGACAUAAGUGGUAAACCGUUGCAAACGGCCUUGUUGGCCACCUCCUCGUCGGGCGUGGUGAGCAAAGACUGUCCGAUGCACAGCAACAGCGAGCGCAGCCUGAACAGUCCCGUGAUGAGCGGUCACAGCCUGUCGGGCAGCGGUUUAUCCGGCGGCGGCGGCGGCGGCGGUGGCGGCGGCGGUAGCGGUGGUGGCGUGAUCGGUGGCAGUGGCGGCGGUGGUAGCAGUGGUGGCCGGUCGCAAUCGCAGCUGCAGCACGGCCGACCGCCCAGCUUGGUGAGCACGGUGGACGCGGUGUCCGGCAACGGCGGAACCGCCGGUGGUGCGGGCCGGCCGAUGGUGCAGGACGAUCACGCGCACCAUCGUCGGCAGCAGCAGCACCGCCGAGCCGACGGCGUGGGCGGCGACGACGACGACGACGACGACGUGGACGACGACGACGAUACCGGCAGCACGACGUCGUCGGACGAGAGCGGCAACGAUUCGUUUACGUGCUCGGAAAUCGAAUACGACAACAACAGCGUGUCGGGCGAGAAGCUCAGCGACGUGAUAUUCAACAAGAUCGGCAGCAGCGGCGGCAAGAGCGCGUCCGGAUCGUCGGGCAGGGAAUCGCAGCAACGUCGACGGUUGCCGCUCCCGUCGAACGUGGCGGCCACCGUCGGUGGCUCGUCUUCGUCCGACGCCGUCACAGCGGCAACGCAGCAGCACCACCAACAGCAGCACCACCAUCACCAACAGCAGCAGCAGCAGCAGGACCAGGACCAACAGAUGGCCGCCGGCUACGACACGUUCGACUCGUCGUUCAGGGGUUCUCUGAGCACGUUGGUGGCGUCCGACGACGACGGGCCCAUGUACCGGAACGUGCGCACGCCCAACAACGCGUCCGAGUCGUCCAGCAUACCGGUGGGCCUGGGCUGGGAUUACCUGCUCAACUGGGCCCCGUCCAACAACGGCAUGCGGCCCAUCAUGCAGCCGCCACCGUCACCGUACGCGGACCACGACCGCCGGCACCGGCACCAUCAUCACGGCGGAGGCGGCGUUCAGUCGGCCGUCAUCGAUCCAAUGGCCGCGACGAGAACGGGCGACGGGUCGUCAACCUCGUCCCGGCAGUCGCCCAAGUCCCCGGAAGAAUACGUCUGACGUCAACGGCCGCGGCGGUCGAACACGCGCGCGCAAACGGUGCUAGUCCAAUAAUUAUUAAUUACAUUCACCCUCCCCUCCGUGUAGCGUCACCAUUAUUAUUGUCAUUAUGAUUAUUACUACUAUUAUUAUUAUUAUAUUAUUAUUAAUUUUAUGUAUUUUAUAAAUCUGUCUCUUUGGAAUCACUUUUUUUACUAUACGAACAAUAUAUGAUUCGUCGCCAUGCUCUCCACCGCCCGCGCGCGUUGCUUAAACUUGUAAUUAUAAAUAAUAUUAUGUAAAACCGCGUGGGCGCGUGAAAUGUACAAAGUUAAUACUUUCAUAUAUAUAUAUAUACAUAUACAUAUACAUAAACAUAUAAAUACUUAUUGUAAACGCACGCGCGGUCGUAAUAACACGACGGCGUGUGUCACGAAAUGUACAUAGUGUCUGUGCCAUAUAGUUUUGUAAGUAUAUAAUAUUAUGUGUACCAAUGAAUAAAAGUUGACUGAUUUUUCUUAUUUUUCCA